AUGUAUACAUCACUCCUCCUCACAGCGCUUUGUGCAGCAAGCACCGUCUCCGCCUCUCCGCUCCUCCUACAACCCCGGCAUGACUCAUCUUCCUCCUCUUCCACAACUGCCUCAACCAGCCCACCCACCCCGAACCCGACCCUCUCCCCCGACCUCCUCAAAACCCUAGCCCAACAACCCACAACCGUCGACCGCUUCAGCGAACUCCUCAAAACCGACCCAAAAGCCGCCCCGCUAAAAUUCGACUUCAACCCCAGCGCCAACGCCCCCUUCCGCUCCCCGGGCGGCGGCGUCAUCCUAGCGACCCGCAAGAACUUCGCGCCGCUGAUCGACCUUUCCAUCUCCUCCGCCGUCGGCUUCAUGAGCCCCUGCAGCAUCAACACCGCGCACACCCACCCGCGCGCCACCGAGUUCCUCACCGUCGUCGCGGGGCAGAUCGAGACCGGCUUCAUCCUCGAGAACGGCCUGCCGACGCAGAUCAACACCACCCUGACACGCUAUCAGGGCACGGUGUUCCCCGUCGGGAGCAUUCAUUUCCAGGUCAACAGCCAGUGUGAGGAUGCGGUGUUUGUGGCCGGGUUGAACAGCGACGACCCUGGCGCGAGCAGCGUGGCGCAGAAUUUCUUUGGACUGAGCCCCGAUGUCGUGCAGGCGACGCUCGGGUUUCCUGAGGCGAUUGAUGGGGAGAAUUUCUUGACGUUCAAGGACAGGAUCCCCGUGCCGUUUGCGAGGGGGGUGGAGGAGUGUUUGGCUCGCUGUGGCAUUCCGAUGGCGGAGGGGAAGAAGGCUUGA